AUGGAGUGGCAACAAGGCGUGCGUGUGAUGCUAGAGAAAUCAGAUGGCCUUGCCAUUGCUACCUCAUCACGGGGAUUGUUUCGUGAAGGACCAGACCAGCACUUCCGCAUUCAUGUCCAAUUCGAAGACGAUUUCGACCUCAAAGGAGCCAGUGUCGUUAAGGUUGUGCUCGUGAUCGGAUACGAAACCCAGCUACCGGGAUCACUCGAGGACCUCCAGUGUUAUGCCAUCGACAAAGCACACCUCAUCGGAGCACAUACGUUCGACAGCUUGGUGACCUGGAAAGGGGGCUCUCGGCCCGUGCACACUCCCUUGACUAUACCAGUACCGGGUCGGCCACGUCCCGAGAAAGGACUGUGGCUCGACGAUUUCAAUACAGAGAAAGGCGGUAUUGCGGUCUUUGUCGUUCGGGGUCAUUGCCUCGGAGCUGAACACAAUCCCGAACGUCGUCGAAGAGAGAGUACAGAUCCUCCAGCACGAUGCCGCUUCGAAACAGCUGACCACGGGCGCAUCAUCCCCUGGGACUGGUUCAAAGCACUCGACGAGCCACAUGGGGAACCUCUGAUAUUCGACUUCCGCAACCGAUGGGAGGACGAGACGCUCACGCAGCCUGGGAAGCGGCGCGCCGAACGCGAACUACUGAAGACUUCGCAUGAGCUCGCCCGGCAUCUUCGGGAUAAAACUACCACCGCACCUACUGGCUUCAAGCGAUCACGCAGACUAGCCGUCAAGGAGAAGGAGACCCUGCAGAGUUCCACGGAGCGCUCACGCCGUAGCCUCUUCCAGGACAACAGAGCCAGCAAUAUUACCCCUUUUGGCUACUCAGACGAAUGUGACCAAGACGACGAGGAGAUCCUUGAACAGAAACCACCAACACGAGACGUCAAGAAAGAGAUCAUCGAGAUAGCUGACAAUGACGACAACAUCCAGCCGAUCUUUCCCUCCAUCACAGCACCACUCGUGAUUGUACCGGCUCCGAGCCCGCAGGUGUCAUCGAAUCACGCACUAGACGACGACAAUGAGAUGCUCAAGCUGCGGCUUGAGAACAGCCGCCUGAAACAAAAGCAGCGCAAGAUGAAGCUGAAAAGACAAGAUCCAGAAAUCGAUCUGGAUGAGGAUGCCGAGCUGGUGGAUAUGCAGCUGGAGGAGAAUGAGAUCAAACAGAUGCUGAGGAAGAAGGAGUUGAAGUAG